CUAUGGAGCUCGAUCAUCAGACUGUCAGCAGGUGGACAAUGUACGAGACCGUGAAGACCGCAUUCCCUGUACUGGAGAGGGGAUGUAGUUCCGCGUCUACGUGCGGGCUACUGUUAAUGCAUCGCGUCUUAACUGCAAUUAAUGCGAUACUUUUUGUUGUGGGACUUGAAAUUGUCGAGAUUACACCAAAAAGCCUAGCGGUAGAAUGUGUGAACACGGGCGAAGGCGUGGAGGACGACAUCGACUACACCAAGGAAUCGGAGGCGGCCAUGAUAAUGUACCUUCUCUUCAGGCAACAUUCGUGCGUAAUUCGACUAAAUGCUUCAAAAUUGGUAGGCAAAAGUACCGUAAUGUUUAGAGAUUUGAUUUUGUGCGGCAUACGUCAAAAUUCGUCUAUUAGAGAAUUGGUUGUAGAUGAAACUUGCACGGAAACCGACAUGUCUGACAUGGCGUACGUAACCGUGGGCAUGAUGGAUCUGCAUCGGGCCAUUGAACACCUCCGUAAUCUACGUAUCGUAAAUAUAAAUAUCACCACCAUGUCUCACGCAUUCACAAAUCACCUGUUGAGGUGGAUAUCAGAGUUUCAAAUCGGACUGGAGGAGUUAUGCUACGAAACUGAUUUUGUAGAUCUGAGGUCCGUGCAAGCGAUGCUAGAGAGGCCGGGCUGCGCCCUCAAAAUCUUGCACUUUACCGGAGGUAUAAUAGAGGCAGAUUUUCUGCGCGCAACGACGUCUAUCAGACGCCUAAAGUUGAUGGGCGUUUCCUUCCAGAACGAGGCCGUCGUCGAAUUGGCGCGAUUGUUGAUGAAGACAAAUUGCAUGAUCGAGACGCUCGAUCUCAAUUUCACCAACCUAACCGACGAUACGGCAUCCUAUCUGGCUGAGGCCGUUGCGCAUAAUGGGUGUUUAAUCGAAAUUAAUCUAAGAGAUAACCUAGCCUUGUCUACGCGCAGCCUACGGGCUUUGAUAGAGGCUCUAUCUAUCAACAAGAGCCUACACGUCAUGAGGCUUGGUUACGUGACAGAUUUCGGCGAAUUGGCGCAGCUGGCCAUCGACCGAGGUCAGUGCCAGCGCUUACAUUUGGCCGUUUUGGUUAAGAGCCGCAGAAAUGUAGAAUUAUUGGCACCAUUUAAAUACGUAACCAUCGACCAUGUAAUGUCACGUGAGGUUCACCAAUACCUCGGUGAGACGUUUGACGCCCUCCGCGCCUCCCCGCACGUGCAACACGUAUAUAUCUUCUCCAUCUUUUUGAACAUUGUGGCUGAAAAGGUGGCCGCUUUCAUAGCAGCCUCUAAGACUCUGAAAACGCUCACUCUAGUCACGUGUGGACAAGAACGCCAGUCAGUCGUAAAGACGGUUUUGGAAGGCCUAUCGCAAAACCACGGACUAGAAUGGUUCGAAUGGUUGAAGUGUGUCGUCGCGAGCUCAGAAGCCCUGCGAAGUCUCUACAAAGUUUUCAAAAACAACGAGACGUUGAUUAAACUGUGCAUGUCGACGACGCCACACGGCUUCGAUUAUUACGCUGACUUCGACGGACUGAACCCUCGGCUCCGAUGUGUCGAGCUGCGAAAAGAUAAUUACGACCGUCGCCGCGGAGGAUCGGGAGUGUUUGUGAUACAAGAGGCAGUGCGACACAACAGGUGGCUCUUGAACAGGGCCGCAGAGUUUGUGGCCGAUCCAAGCGUCCCGGAUGCUGCUCCGGACAUGUACGACGUGCGGGCUCUGGAAUCUGCUGUGCGAUGUAGGCGCCCCAUCACCAUCUACGCCCAACGACGGCUGUUGUGUGAAUGUCGACUCGAGUGCAGUGGACGUCUUGGCGCGGGCUCGCCGGUACAUUCGUUAAAACUUUUUUCAACUGGCAGGAAUAUGUGACCGUGAAAUGUCUGUGUGUGCCCUUCCAUUUUUAAACAGAGAAUGUUGGGAGGCGUUGUCGACCUUUCGGGGUUGUACCGGGAAUCGGCUAUUGUGAACACGAGAAGUAUAUUAAGGACUUUAACAUGCUUUUGUAGGGGUCGAUGAUUGGAAUGUUUACAGAGUCGGCGGCGGAGGGCCGUUUUGUUUUGGAUAGCGCCAACUGAACUCAUUUAUUAUUUUGCUUGUCGGGAUUUGUGUAGCUGUACCACGGAGACGAGAAUCCGUGUCAGAGGGAGAGAGUGAAAGAGAGAGAGAAGAGUGUAGCUAAGUUGGGAGCGGAAGAGUUGAGAGGGGGAGUCGAUGAAGAGAUUUAAAAGGAGACGCAUCGAGAGCGAUGCGGAAAAACGAGUAGAUAAAGUGCAGAAGUGUCACUAAGAGAGUUAAACAGCAGAGGCCAUCGAGUUUUGAGAACUACCGAACUUUGACUAUGUUGUAAUUUUUGUGUAUAAUACCUGCAUAUUAAACCAAGUUAUUCAACCCUAAAAGCCUACGAUCCUGACAUCAC